AUGGACAGUCUGAAGACGCGCGACUCGACUCUGCACACCCUCAUACAGGCCAUCCUCAACUACCCAGAGGAUGAUGUUGCCGAACUCGUCCAGCAGAUACGCACAUGCGAGAGCUUGGAUACGGUCGCCGAGGCCAUUAUUGCAAAAGAAAAUGGCGAAGAGGAGGAAGACGAGCCCAUCAGCCCCAUGUCCACGCCCGCCAUGGCUGCAGCGAAUGCCACCUUUGAGAGUCAGCUGAGCGGGAAGAUGGGGGAGCUGCGCCUCGAGGACGGCUCCACCAGGUACAUUGGGGGAACAUCGCAUCUCAUAUACCUGGGCAAUGGCAGCGACGCGCCAGAAUCGCCAGACACGUACCCAGACGAUGCCUACGCGCAGAUAGAGGAUCCCUUCUGCUCAUGGACCACUGUGACCUCUGAUCCAGAGCUCGUGCAGCAUCUCAUCAGCAUGUAUUUUUGCUGGCACUACAGCUUCUUCACAACAUUGUCCAAGAACCUCUUUCUGCAAGAAUUCAGACUAGGCAAGCCGGCACCUGGCUCGUCAAGAAAGAUGCACUACUGCACCCCCUUAUUAGUCAAUGCAAUGCUAGCGCUUGGCUGCCACUUCACCUCGUGGCCUGCAGCGAGAGCGGUUCGAGACGACUCAGCGACGGCAGGAGACCACUUUUUCAAGGAAGCCAAGAGGCUGAUAAUGGAGGGCGAUCUGCACGAGGUGCCAGAUUUGGCCACCGUACAGGCCCUGGCAUUGAUGUCAGUACGAGAGGCUGGCUGUGGGCGAGAGGCCAAAGGUUGGGUAUAUAGUGGCAUGUCGUUCCGCAUGGCCUGUGACCUUGGUCUCAACCUCGGAAUGCACAGCAAAGAUGCAAUCGAGGAGAGGGAAGAGGAUGCGCGGAGAAUCACCUUCUGGGGCUGCUUUUUGUUCGACAAGUGCUGGAGCAAUUACCUAGGACGCAUGCCACAGCUACCGAACACCAUACUCACGGUCCCCAAGUUUGACGUCUUUCCCAUCGAGGACGCCGAAACGUGGAGCGCAGUGACGGACUCUGGCAUCAGCCAAGCACACUCCCAGCCAAGUCGGACGAGAGCCAUUGCGCUUCAAAUCUCGAAACUCUGCGAAAUAUCCAGCGACCUGAUGAACUUCUUCUACAACCCCAUCGACAUUGACAAAACCAAGGGCAAACAGGCAGAGCUGAAGAAGCUGAGUGAGAUACACAUGCGACUUGAGACGUGGAGAAGAGAGCUGCCCAAAGAGUUGGAGCCCAAGGAAGGAGGUCUGCCGCACAUGCUAGUCAUGCAGUAA